GAACAUAGUACAGAGUAAAAAGAGAAUUUUUCUAAGCAAAAUUGCAAGAAAAUGGAUUCUUGAAAUGGAAAAGGUUCCGUUCAGUCACAGUUAAACGUCUCAACUACGAAUGAGCUCACUUCUCUGCCACCAGCGGCUUCUCUCUUCCUGCAAAGACCUCACCUUUCUUCUCCAAAUUCAUGCUCGUAUAAUCACCUCAGGCUUUAUUUUCAACAUUUCCACCACAACCCAUCUCAUAAAUUUAUACUCUUCCUUCAAAAAAUGCGAUUUUUCUCGCACCCUUUUCUAUUCUACACCAAGUCCACCUGUAAUUUUGUGGAAUUCAAUGAUCAGAGCUUAUAUCAGAACAAAUCAGCAUCAAGAAGCUCUGAAAAUGUACAGUUCAAUGUUGGAAGAAAAGGGUAUUCACCCGGAUGAGUAUACAUUCACUUUUGUGCUGAAAGCUUGCACUGGAAUAUCUGAUUUUGAAAAGGGUAUCAAGAUUCAUGAAGAGAUAGUGAAUAGGAAUCUUGAAAAUGAUGUCUUUAUUGGGACUGGGAUUAUUGAUAUGUAUAGUAAAAUGGGUGAUUUGGAGAGUGCAAGGAAGGUGUUUGAUAAAAUACCUGACAAGGAUGUUGUAGUUUGGAAUGCAAUGAUUUCUGGGGUUGCACAGAGUAAAGAGCCGGUUAAGGCUGUUGAUCUUUUCAAGAAGAUGCAAUUUGUUUGUCAAAUUAAUCCUAGUUCAGUGACUUUAUUGAAUUUGCUUCCUGCAGUUUGUAAAUUAGUGGAUAUGAGGGUGUGUAGGUGUAUACAUGGUUAUGUGUAUAGGAGAGUGUUUCCAGUUUCAGUUUAUAAUGCGUUGAUCGAUACGUACUCCAAAUGUAAUUAUUCUAAUGUUGCUCGUCGAGUUUUUGAUGAGUUGAGGGGGAAAGAUGAUGUUUCAUGGGGUACAAUGAUGGCAGGUUAUGCAUAUAAUGGGAACUUUUAUGAAGUUUUGGAAUUGUUUGAUUGCAUGAAGAGGAUGGGCUUGAAGAUGAGCAAAGUAGCAGCUGUAAGUGCAUUGCUUGGUGCUGGUGAAAUGGGCGAUUUAGAGAGAGGGAUAGAAAUUCAUGAAUGUUCAAUUCAAGAAAUGAUUGAUUCUGAUGUUAUGAUUGCUACUUCUUUGAUGACAAUGUAUGCAAAGUGUGGAGUGCUAGACAAGGCUAGAGAUCUGUUUUGGGGAAUUGGGGAAAGAGAUUUGGUUGCUUGGUCCGCAGCAAUAGCUGCUUUCUCACAAUCAGGAUAUCCUCAAGAGGCGAUCUCUCUGUUUCGAGAUAUGCAGAAUGAGUAUUCACAGCCAAGCAAUGUUACUCUGGUGAGCGUAAUCCCAGCCUGUGCUGAGCUAAGGGAAGUGAAAUUAGGAAAGAGUGUCCACUGUCAUGCCAUCAAAGCCAGUAUGGAUUCUGAUAUUUCAACGGGAACUGCCUUGGUUUCCAUGUAUGCUAAGUGCAACCUGUUUACUUCUGCACUUUAUAUUUUCAAUAAGAUGCCACUAACUGAGGUAGUGACAUGGAAUGCUCUAAUUAACGGCUAUGCCCAAAUUGGUGACUGCUAUAAUUCAUUAGAAAUGUUUUGCCAAUUAAGGUUAUCUGGAUUAUACCCAGACCCUGGGACAAUGGUUGGUGUACUUCCAGCUUGCGCCUCCCUUGGUGAUGUACGCUUGGGGACGUGCCUUCAUUGUCAAAUUAUCAGACACGGGUUUGAGUCAGACUGUCAUGUGAAAAAUGCUCUAAUUGACUUGUAUGCCAAAUGUGGAAAUUUAUCUUUGGCUGAGUUCAUGUUCAACGAAACUGAGUUCUCUAAGGAUGAGGUGUCCUGGAACACAAUGAUUGCAGGAUACAUGCAUAAUGGACUUGCAAAAGAAUCCCUUUCCGCAUUCCAUUCCAUGAAAUUUGAAUCAUUUCAGCCCAAUGUGGUGACACUUGUGAGCAUCCUGCCUGCGGUGUCACAUUUGACACACUUGAGAGAGGGCAAGACUAUACAUGCCUACAUAAUCAAGAGUGGCUUUCAGUCCCAUAAGCUUGUAGGGAAUAGUCUUAUCGAUAUGUAUGCCAAAUGUGGUCAACUUGACCUAUCCGAGCGUAUAUUUGAGGAGAUGAAGAACACUGACAGUGUUUCUUGGAAUGCUUUACUUACAGCAUAUUCUAUGCAUGGGGAAGGUGAUUGUGCUCUUUCUGUUUUCUCUCUAAUGGAAGAGAGAGACAUCAAAGUUGAUUCUAUAUCCUUCCUUAGUGUCUUGUCUGCCUGCAGACAUUCAGGCUUGGUAGAAGAAGGAAGGAAAAUAUUCCACUGCAUGCGUGACAAAUAUCACAUCGAACCAGAUGUGGAACACUAUGCCUGUCUGGUAGACAUGUUAGGACGUGCUGGCUUGUUUAAUGAAAUUAUGGAUCUACUCAACACAAUGCCUAUGGAACCAGAUGGUGGAGUUUGGGGGGCCUUGUUGGAUGCAUCUAAAAUGCAUUCUAAUAUUGAGAUAGCAGAAGUUGCUUUGAAGCAUCUUGUCAAAAUUGAGCGAGGAAAUCCAGCUCAUUAUGUGGUAUUAUCAAGUUUAUAUUCUCAAUCUGGUAGGUGGAACGAUGCAGUUCAUACUAGAGUAAAAAUGAAUGAAAUUGGAUUGAGAAAGAAUCCAGGCUGUAGUUGGGUUGAGGUGAAGUAGGGGACAUUAAAUUUUGUGCAAGUGCAAUAGAGAUGGCCCUUGGUAUUACUCUUUGUUGAAUUGGUCUGAUGGUGGCAAUCCAACUGGUGAAGAAUCUCCAUGAUUUUGCAGGUUACUUACAACUUCAAGGUUGAUCUCUAAUAUCUGCAAAAUAUGGCAAGCUUCCAGCUCCACCCCUCCACAGCUCCACCUAUAAAUUGUAGGAUCUACAACUGAUCAUAUGGCUCCUACAGUUGGGGGGAAACAAAACAUGCUUCAUAAUAAUUACUUCCUCCGUCCUAUUUUAUGUGAUGUCUGACUGGGCACGAAGUUUAAGAAAACAGUAAAGCCUUCUGAAAUUUGUAGUCUAAAACAAGCCAUAUCUAUUUGUGUGGUUUUAACCUUUAAGUCAUCUCACUACGGGUAAAAUGAAAGUUUAAAGUUGAUUUGUUUCUAAAUAUAGAAGGUUUAAUUUUUUGGGGACAAAUUAAAAAGGGAAGUGUAUAGCAUGUAUUGGGAUGGAGGGAGUUUAUGAAGACAUGAUUCUUAGGUGAAAACGUGAAAAAGGUCUUACAUUUCUUCCUGAAGGAGGAACUAGAGCUACAACUGAUAUUUAAUCGUGUGGGACCUUAAUGUUUUCAACGCCAGAAUGGAUCAACACGUGGUUAACUUGCUGAAACAUGACCCGAAGCAAAACGAGAUCUGCAAAUGGUGGGAUAUACAACAUCUCAAUUAUUUAUGGAUGGGUAUCUUUCCCUAAUCGUGAUGGCGUUGAGGGCUUAUGUGAAGCUCCAACUUAUAGGCAACAUUUUCUGUAUUUCCAGCAACAACGUAAGUUGGAAAGGAAGUACUUUGGGCUGUUUAAUAUUCUGAAGUGAAUUGGUGCCGAAAUACACCCAGUUCUCCACAUUUCUUUGCUCAACGAGUGCAUAGGAAUGUUGGACCAACAAGUUACCCUAAUGCAGUUACAGGAUGAUGGUCAACAGGAAAAAUCUGUGAACCUUGCAGACAAGGUUCAUAUCGGUGAAGGAGGUAAUGUUAUGACCACGUCAGUUGGGGGCCUCCAGUCCACAGCCAGGUCAUUAUUCCUUCAGAAGCUGAAAAAGUGAGGCACACAACAAGUGAAUUAGGAGUAAGGUGAUGAGACCAACAAUUUUUUGGUUGUCCACCCAGUGCCCGGACAGUAUUUUAGUCCGACUAAACUGGGAUUCGUGCUGUAAAGUCUUACAUUGGGGUCAAAGUGUUCCCUAACUAAGGCGACCCC